CGGCACUCGGCAGUUUACAGGCGACCGCCGAACCGGCGGUUUCGUGGUACUUCCGGUGUGGUACGCCGCGCGACACAUGCAUUCUCACGCACGCUUCGUCCCCGCGUAAUCGGAGGGUGCACUCGCGCUCGCGCUCGUCUCGUAAGAACGUUGUUCAUGAAGCGCUCGUGGGGUGAGCUUCGUUGGGGUGAGAUCUCACGGUAGAUUAAUCGAGACCGAUCAAGAUAGAUCAGCCGAGGUGCGAGAACUAAACCCCUAUGGAGAAAGACGGCGCGCGAAUAGGGGUCAGUGGCCGUAUCGUGCAUCUUGUGCAGUGCCACGUGACGCGGAGAGCUUAAGCGGAGAAGAGACUGCUCGCAUGAAGCCUUCGCCGUUUCCUAGCGAUUGUUGCCAGACGACGCUGUAGCCGAAAUUACGAUGACUAUGGACGUGAGCAGCAAAUCCGAGACGAAUAAAAAUGGUUCGACGCAGCACGUGUGCGCCAGCUGCCAUAAGACAAUUACGGAAAGGUUCCUCCUCAAGGCCUCAGACCUCUACUGGCACGAGGACUGCCUGAAAUGCCAAUGCUGCGACUGUAGGUUAGGGGAGGUCGGCUCUACCUUCUAUUCCAAAGCUAAUCUUCGCCUCUGUAAGAGGGACUACCUCAGGCUCUUCGGGAAUACAGGAUUCUGCGCGGCAUGUAACAAACAAAUACCGGCGUUCGAGAUGGUGAUGAGGGCCAGGACGAACGUCUAUCAUCUCGACUGCUUCGCCUGUCAGCAGUGCACCCACCGGUUUUGCGUGGGCGACCGGUUUUACUUGUGCGAGAACAAAAUUCUCUGCGAGUACGACUACGAGGAGAGGCUAACUUUCGCCAAUAUGGGGCCUGCAUUACAAUCAUCAUCAUUAGCAUACAUCAAAAGGCAACUCCCCCCCAUACCGACGCCGCCGGCUCAAAACAUGCACCCGGGACACAAUCCACUUCAACCCCAUCAAGGUCUAGGACAGCCGGUAGCCCAGAACAAUCACGUGCCCAACGGUCAAAUGUCUGGUAACACGCCGACGGUCAACGGGACGGCCAUAGGGGUUGGCGGGCCGAGGACGCCGGGUGACAUGAAUAACAACGGCCUGUCCGGGCCCGCCCUCGGACCCGUGAAACCACCGCCGAUGUCGAUGCAGGCGCCGACCAGCUGAAACGAGGCUUCGCCACCUUUGAAGAAGCUCAGAUGUCUCAGCGGUUACUAAAGACGAGAGUACUCUUCGUUUAUGGGAUCGAAGAUCCUAGGCAGCGAGGAAGCAUUCAUCGCACCACUGAAGAUGAUGGAAUGGACAAAAGAGUUGAAAAGUUAGACGGAUGGGACAGGGUGGGCAGGGGAAUCAAGGGAUAUGGGUGAUACGUCGGUCUCGAAGAUUUCAGAGCCGAGGCUUCGAGGACAAAGUGAUGGGAAGUUUGGAGAUUGGAAUCACUGUGAUCGUGGAAAAUGAACAAAUUUAAGGCAGGAUAUCUUAAUACAGUAAGGCACGCGCGAGCUGGAGCUCAACACACCGUAUCUACCAAGACAUUCACACGUACACGUACACACAUGCAACACUGAUACACGAGCACACUCCACCGGGCCAACACAAACGUUUGAGUGACGUCGUAAAAUUCUCCAGACGUCUUUCAGGCGUCUCUUAGACGCUUGUGUUGCUGGGGGCUGAUGCACGCGUGCAUCUCUUGUAAGAUAUGACACCCGCGACACACGUAAGGAUAAGUUAGAUGAUUCGUGUAAGAUAUAUUUCUAGCGAGGAGGCGAGAGAACGAAUGUACGUGCGUGCGUGCGUGAGUGAGCGGCGGAGUCGCAUGUAAAUAUAUCUGUGUCGUAUUCGACUCCGCCGGAGAGUGAGAGGAACAAUUACCAGUAUACGCAGGCCCACCGAGACGACACUUUUAUCCCACUUGUGAUACAGUUGUCGUUCAUCUAUAGGAGCGCCGAUCUGGAGGAAAGAGUCUUUAACGAGAGUGAAGAGAAGGCGAGGGGUUCUGUAAUACGUGCCAUAAUCCUGCGAUCUCCCGUUUUACAGCUGGCCGAAUUUGCAGCCACGAAAGAGAAAGGAAGUAAGACGGCAGUUAUUUUACAUCGCGAAGGAGGUUUCGAAAGAAUUGUGGAGAGCGCAAUCGAUCUUGUCUCACAAAUUGUCUACGAACGUUAUUCAAAUUUCUCUCGUGUGGAUCCGAUUAAAUAUUUGUUUCGUGGCCGUCUAGUCUCAUCACGUUUCCACGACACGUCGCGGAUAAGAGACGUAAUCUGCGACAGUCGAUACCAAAGAAAAAUUACGUUAGAUUAAGAACCUCUCGGAACGAUCGCCGCGGAAAGAUUCAGUUUUGGAAGGCUCAACGUGUCACGGCGAAUUAUUUUUCACAAGCUUCUUCCGGCGAGUCUCCGCGACGAUGAACAGUAACGGCGGAUCGUCGUCGGAAGUCUCUGAACUUGCAAGGGUUUCGGGACAGAAAAGCAUAUUAUUAAUUUUCAAUUUGGUGUACUUCAUUGAUCAAUGCAGUUAUUUUUCAGCAUUGCAGUUAACAUCCAAUUAAACCCUUGAAUCUUUUGAAUUAUUGAUUUUUUGUUGACGUCAGCAAUGAAAUACAGAUAUUCAAAAUGAUCCUUUUUGGGCUUGAUGUAUUUUAAUCUGCCACUCUGCUCGAGAAUCGCGGGUUCUCGUCGGAGCAGCGAGGGGCUUAGUCACUUAGCUUUAAUGCUUUAAUGCCAAAAAUACAGGCGGCGCUUAUCUGUACCAAACGGCGUACGUUUGUAAUCGUACGGAGCAGGAAGGAAACCGACGGAAAUGCUCCUGCUGCAUUUGUUGCCGUGACAUUAUUAACUGCGAGCUCGUAACGCUAUUAACUGCGAGCAAUUUCCCGCGACGCCGGAAAUACCGGUCUGUCUCAUUCUCGCGUAUAUCCGGGCUUCCUCUCGUUCGCGGUCAGUUGCACCAAUAUCGCUCAAGAGUAACCACACACUACGCUUCUUUCGUUCGUGUCGUAGUUAGACACAUCGACGGUUUUUAUCUUGUAUAUCUUACGCUAUAUUUACGGUUAUAUAAAUAUUGCAACUUACAAAUUGCCAGUUAAUGCGGAACAAUUAAUACUAACUUUACACUCGACAAUUAUUAGCGUGCAAAUCUAUUUCAUAUUGUUCCUAAAAAUGAAAAUUGAUUUGUGUUAAAAAAAAUUAGGUUGCUCGUUUGAAGCGAUAAUCGUUUUCUAUGGGCGCGAGAUACGAGAGGAAGCACACGUGACGGGAAGUUGGAAAUUGGUACACAUCGAGCACUUGUAAAUUGUCGGGCAGCAGCGGAUCGAAGCCGACGACUAUCGUCUCGUGUUAGUACAAAGAUCCUGCGACAUGGCGGAGGAGAAGAGAGGUUGGACGAUAGAGACGAGCACGAACGGAAAGGAUGUUAUCUCCCACAUAGGACAGAAGACAGGGGACGAUUAUUUCCCGUUUUUUAUCCAUCUGUAUAUAAUAUCACUUACCUAGGGCUCUAUUAAUAUAUUUACGAUCACCCCCCUCUCGCGGGUGGCUCCCAUUAUUACCGAGAAAAUAUAACAUUCUUAUAAAUACAAUCUGGUGUAUUCCAA